AUAAAACCCAGUGUUUGGAGUUGAGAGACCAGUUUGAAUUUUCAGAGCAGAGGAAACCCAGGACUCCAAACCCGACCAGGACCUGGACCUGGACCUGGACCAGAUCAGAGACACAGACGUCAGACAGUGGACAGGACGUGACCUUUGACCUCCUCAUGUCUCCUUCUGGACGCCUGGUCCUCCUGGUGCAGCUCCUCACCUGGACCUCAGCUGGACUGGCCUGUUUCUGUGAGCGGUACCCCUGGGGGCCCUGGUCCAUCUGCUCCAAGACCUGCAACCACGGAACACAGACCAGAACCAGGAUCUUUCGUUAUGACGACGGUUACUUCUGGAGUAAAAGCUGCCAUCAGCUGUGCGACCGAACCGACACCCGGGCCUGUAACCAACAGGCCUGUCCGAUCAACUGUCAGCUGACCCCGUUCAGCGCCUGGUCCGACUGCUCACCAUGCGCCAGGAAACAGUUUCGGACUAGCUCUGUGCAGCGUCCGUCUCAGUUUGAAGGAGCGUCAUGCAAUGAGGACCUGACGGAGGAGAGGCCCUGCCAUCCAUCUACUGAGUGUAGGCUACCGCCCGUGGACUGCAAGGAUGACUUCCAGUGUGACAAUGGACGAUGCAUCGACUCGACGCUGACGUGCAACCGACAGAACGACUGUUUAGAUAACUCAGAUGAGAGGGACUGCACCGAAUAUAAAACUGUAUGUCCCACCGAGAGGAGAGUGGCCCCGGGGGUCGAUCUGGUGGGAAACGGGUUCGAUGCUGUAGCGGAGGAGCCUCGAGGAGCCGUGUUGGACAACAUGUUCAUGGGAGGAGAGUGCAUCAUCCGCAGGCCGCCCAGUUUACUGCUGUACCACCGAGUGGCCCACAACUUCAACACCUUCAACAUCACAGUGGGGGUUCUGGAGGACUUCAGCACCGAUCCGCAGCCGCUGCAAACCGAGUCCAUCGAUUUGAAGACCAGCAGUUCUACCAAAGGCCCAGACGAACGCCACAGCAGCAGCUCCUUCUUCCCUAUUUUCUACAGCUCAAAACAAUCGAGGACGUUCUCCAGCUCCAACACCGAAGCUGUGGAAGCUUCCAAGACAAUGGACUCUCAGUUUUUCCGGGUGCACCAGGUUCUGCCGGUGUCCACGUUCUCGGUGAAGGACCCGGUGGACCUGGUCCUGUCGGGGCCGUUCCUCCAGUUCCUCCAGGCUCUUCCUCUGCAGUACGACUACGCCCUCUACAGGGACGUCUUCCGGCUCUUCGGGACCCACUACUACAGCUCGGGGACCCUGGGGGGCCACUACGACCUGCUGUACCAGUACAGCCGAGAGGAGCUGAGGAGCUCUGGUCAAAGUAAAGAACACAUCAGAGGCUGCCUGGCACGAGAGACCAGCUGGAGCAUCGUCCUGUACAGCCAGCACAGCAGCGCCACCCGCUGCUCAGACGACACCGUCACAGAGAAACACCAAGGUUCGUACAUCCGGGCGGCGCAGAAGUCCUUCUCCAUGGUGAGAGGAGGUCGGACCAGGGAGGCGGCGGCUCUGGCCUGGGAGAGGCAGGGCCCGGCUCCGGACCGGACCUCCUACAGGAACUGGGCCAAGUCCGUCAUCGAAAACCCGGCUGUGGUCGACUACAAGCUCCUGCCCAUCGUGGACCUGGUCCGGAGAAUCCCCUGUGCCGUCACAAAGAGGAGGCACCUGAAGAGGGCGCUGCAGCAGUACCUGGAGGAGUUCGACACCUGUAAAUGUGCACCCUGCCCCAACAACGCCAGGCCUGUUCUGAGCGGCACCGAGUGCAAAUGCAUCUGUCAGACCGGGACGUUCGGCGCCAACUGCGAGAGGCGAGCGCCGGACUUCACCUCAGAGCAGGUGGAUGGUUCCUGGAGCUGUUGGGGGCCGUGGAGUCGCUGCGAAGCUUCCAUGAAGAGGCGGAGGAUGAGGAGGUGUGAUAACCCCGCCCCCCUCAGAGGAGGCCACGCCUGUGAGGGCCCCAGCCGCCAGGAAGAGCCCUGCUACAUUUCCAUCUUUGAAAGACAGGCGACUUGUGACAACGACGACGACUUCACGGUGGGUUGGCGAGAUGAGCUUCCUCCUGGCGUUCAGGGCUGUUUGAGACCACCCAGACCCGACAACAGCUUCCUCACAAAAUCGAAACAGUAUUAUGACUUUGGUGAAGACGAGGAGUUCCAGUGCUUCACUGGGUUUGAGCUGGAGGGUUUCCAGUUCAUCAACUGCCUUCCUGACGGGACCUGGACUCAACCCCAGGGACGCUGUACCCGAAGGCUGUGUCUUCCUCCAGAGACCCCUGACGGGAUGACCCUGUUCCCCGACCGAGACCUGUACCGGGUAGGCCAGUCCGUGGGUCUGAACUGUGACCAGGCCGGCCUGGCUCCGCUGCCUCGAGGGUUCUACACCUGUGGGAACAGUCUGACCUGGGAGCCGCCGUUACCUGGCAACUUACGAUGCACUGACGAGAAGCCGUUCGACCCCGAGGCUGGCUGUGGUCCAGGACAGAAGAUGCAGAACUCUGAAUGUGUUUGUAUCCAGAGGGAAAGCUGCCUUUCGCAGCCUGACAGUCUCUGCGUCCUGAACACGGACCUCAACGUCACCGUCUCCAUGUCCCUCUGCUCCUUCCACGCCGGUCGUUGCCACGGCGACCCUCUCUUUUAUGUCGGCCACGGCGUGUGCGACUCUGUGGAUCCGUCCAAAGUGGAGUGGGCCCAGUUCAGAGCCCAGGUGGCCUCCAGGAGCUCAGUUCAGGAGGCCUGCGACCUGGACACGUGUUACGAGUGGGAAACCUGCACCGUGUUGAAGAAGUGUGAGUGUAAAGUCGCUCGGGACUGUCCCAGAGACAGACAGAACCUGUUCUGUGUGGCGCUGACCCGGUCCGGGACCCAGAGGACCCUCAGUCUGAACCUGUGCUCCAUGGCCGCCCUCAGAUGUUCCAACUACCAGGUGGAGAUCCUCAACGAAGGCGACUGUCCCACCACAUGAUCAACAGCAGCCACGAAAAACACCUGAAAAACUGCACUUCAAUGUACAUAAGUCAAAUGGUUAAAGGUACACUGUAUAAAAUGGUCUGUUUUUUUUUUUUACUGCACUUUGUUAUAGAUGUAACUUCAGAGACAUUUUAGAUAUUAGACACACACGGUGUUUUUCUAUCAAAUUACUAUUUUUUUCUCAGAACAAAAGCAGCAGCUGUUCAUGGAAAUGGAGAGGAUUUUCUUUCAUGGUUCAUGUUCUGAUGCAAACGGAGGAAAAUGACAUGUUUUAAUAAAUUCAUUA